CUCUCUCUCUCACCACUAAAAUACCUCUCUUCUCUCACAAACUCUCCAAAUGGCUUUUUUUCAAUUGUCCUGGAAAUUGUCUCUUUUGCUUUUUCUUUUCAACUUGAAUUUAUUCAGCUUAUGCCUAGGGGCAAGAAAGCUAACUUCUUUGUAUCAGCCACCUCCCAUGGCUAUAAAUUAUCACAAGGGUACUUUGCUUGAAGGAAACCUUCCUGUCUCCAUUCUCUGGUACGGUGAAUUUUCUCCAGUUCAAAAAUCUGUUGUCGUUGACCUUCUUCUUUCUCUCAACCCACAAAAUCAAGAGUCUGCAACUCCCUCCGUGUCCAAAUGGUGGCUUACCAUCCAAACCUACUUAAAAAAAGCUGGGAAAAAGGCGGCUCAUGUUGACCUGUCAAACCAAUUCUCCGAUAAAAAUUGCUCUUUUGGAAAAAUCUUGAAGAAACAUCAGGUGUUUGGGUUGGCUCAAAAAGUUAACUCCAAACCAGGUGGGUUAACUCUCGUUUUAACUGCAAAAGACGUGGCUGUUGAGGGAUUUUGCAUGAGCAACUGUGGUUUUCAUGACUCAAACCCAAAACGAAACUCGGCUUUCGUUUGGGUUGGCAAUUCAGUGAGUCAGUGUCCCGGCCAAUGUGCCUGGCCAUUCCACCAACCAAUCUACGGACCACAGACUGAACCACUGGGCGCACCAAAUGGAGACGUUGGCGUGGAUGGCAUGAUUAUUAAUAUAGCCGCUCUUUUGGCUGGAACCGUGACCAACCCUUUCGGAAACGGCUAUUUUCUCGGGUCAGCUGACGCGCCGCUCGAGGCGUCUUCUGCUUGCCCUGGGGUGUACGGUAAAGGGGCGUACCCCGGUUACGCCGGGGAAGUAUUAACAGAUCCUACCACUGGUGCCAGCUACAAUGCGCAGGGGAUUAAUGGGAGGAAGUAUCUGUUACCAGCCUUGAUGGAUCCUUCUACUUCUCAGUGUUCAACCCUUGUGUGAGCGCUCGUAGAAGCACCUGCACCAAUAUGGCACUGCAUUUGUUGCUGCUGUUUCUGUACAAACUUGUGAUUCCAGUGGAUAUGUAAAUGGUUCGAAUAUAUUUUCUUCAAUUUCAUUUUUAAGUUAACAAAAAUCAUAUUAUAAUCA